AUGGAUGUCAGCUCCAUCACAGAAGAAGGGAUCAAGAAAAAAAUUGUGGUGGCUGCUCGUGAUAACUGGGCCAGCUAUUUCUCCCGCCUUUUCCCAGUAAAAGGAGAAAAUGGAAGCGAUGUCCAAAUACUAGGAGUUUCUCACCGGGGUCUGCAGCUGUUGAAGAAACCCAAAGAAGCCAGUUUCAGUCCUGAACAUUUGAAGAUCCUUUGCAGCUUCAGUUAUGCAGAUGUCCUUUCUUUGGAGCUGAUCAGUCGGAAUGUCCUUCAGUUCUGUCUGAAGAAUGAGCAGCUCAUACUUCAUUCUCAAAGAGCUCAGCAGAUCAAGGCCACAGUGGAAAUCUUCCUGAAAGAACUGAAACAGGAUUCCAACUACGUCAUUGCUAUACGUAACUAUGUCACAGAUGACAAGAGCCUCUUAAAUUUCAAGAAAGGUGACUUCAUUCGACUACUUCCCAUGAAGGGGCUGGAGCCAGGUUGGCAGUUUGGCUCUAUUGGUGGGCGCUCUGGCCUUUUCCCUUCCGCAAUGGUGCAGGUUGUGGCAGCUCCCAAUUACCUCAACCUCCACAUGAAUCAACAGGAAGAAGCCCGAACAGGCUGGAAGAAAAACACACAGGAGAGAAUAGCUAACAAGGAGAACUCUGCCCCCAGCACAGAGUCAGAAGUUACCAGGCCUAGCACACCUGUAAACUCUCUUGAUAUUUGCCACUACACUAUGACGGAGUUUGCGAUGGCCCAUUUCCGAGAAGCCCAAUUCAUGUAGGUAUUCUGUAGCAAAACCCCUUUAAACAUACACUAUUGCAAUCUACUGUUUCAGUUUAAUUGCUAGCUGUGGCCCCCUAUGUAUUUCUUAUGUGAUCAUGUGGGAAAAGAUUCUUUGUUUGAUGGUUGUAACCUUGUUCAUACGUGUUGUGUGCAAAUAUUCAGACAUUAUCUAGGUGAUGUUAAUUAAUUUCUUGUUUUAAUGAAAAGAUAUACAGUAGGUUAAACAGACCAAUGAAUAAUAAUCUGGGACUGUGCUUCCCAUUCCUUUAUCAAUACAGGGAGGAUCUGCACCUUGUGGAAAACCCUUUGUGUACCACUGUCAAGUUUAUUUGGGCA